AUGUCCUGGGACAACGCUCGGCGCCAUGCGCGCGCCCUCGAAUCCGCACUCGACACCAAACUCGCAUCCUAUUCCCGCCUAGCGGCAGAUAUAGCCGGCGGCGGCCGCUUCGGUGGCCCCUCAGACAGUUCGGCGGAAGAUGGUGUCGGGGGCUAUCGACUGGUCGAGGAGGAAGUCGACGAGUUGUUGGACAAGCUCGAACAAGCCAUCGACGACCUCGCGGCACAGAUGAACUCGCCAAGCCAAGCCCCCUCUGCGUCGAUGCAGCAUGCGGCACAGCGGCACAGGGACAACCUCGACGAUUAUCGGCGCGAGUUUGCGCGUGUCCGCAAGGGCAUUGAGGGGGCGCUGGCGAGGAGUAAUUUGCUUGGAAGUGUGAGGAAGGAUAUUAACGACUACAAAUCCGGCCUCUCGCCGCAGACAGACGCGCUCCUCGCCGACAGAGGCCGUAUCGACUCGUCCCACCGCAUGAUGGACGACACGCUCAACCAGGCCUAUGCUACACGUGAGGAUUUCGCCCAGCAGCGCGGGAUGCUUGCGUCCAUUGAAUCGCGGAUGGGCGGCGUGGUUCAGCAGAUGCCGGGGAUCAACCGGCUUAUUAGCAUGAUCUCGACACGGCGGCGUCGGGACACUUUUAUCCUCGGCGGCGUUGUUGCGCUGUGCGUUUUCCUACUCCUCGCGUACCUGUUUGGGGUAUGA